CACCUACAGCAUCAUGCAACACUUGUUGUGUUUUAUCGCUUCAUUGUUCUAAUCAUAAAUCGGUUGUUUAAAUACCCCAGGGUUAGUUUUUAACUGAGACAGUAACAUCUCGCUUCUUGUCUAAUUGCAACUGCUCGUCACUCGUCGACUAAGGAGCAGUCCCGUACAUACAUGCUAUGUUUUAGCCGAGUGCUAACAACUUUGACAGCAGUCCAUUCAACUUAUGUGUCCACUAGGAAGAGCUCAACGGGGAUUCAGGAGUCAUUGAGAGGUGGUCCUGGAUAACUGGUUAUACAGUUUUGAGUCAUUGCUAGCAAACGACAUGGAGCUGCAGGCGGUGUUGAUGGCGGCCGGCGGGGGCUCUCGGAUGACCGACCUGACGUACAACACCCCCAAAGCGAUGCUGCCGGUUGGGAACCGACCCCUGAUAUGGUACCCUCUAAACCUGCUGGAGAGGGUGGGCUUUGAUGAGGUGAUCGUGAUAACCACUAAGGAGGUCCAAAAGAUGAUGAGCACAGACCUCAAACUGAAGAUGGACGUGAAGAUGAAACUCGACUUUGUUUGCAUCCCGGAAGAUGAAGACAUGGGCACAGCCGACGCUCUACGACAUAUCCAGCCGAAGAUCAAGACGGACAUCUUGAUCUUGAGUUGUGAUGUGAUAACAGAUGUAGCACUUCAUGAGGUGGUCGAUCUUUUCCGGGCCCAUGAUGCAACACUGGCCAUGCUGAUGAGCAAAGGCCAUGAAUUCACAGAGACGGUGCCAGGCCAAAAGGGCAAAAAGAAAACGGGUGAGCAGCGAGAUUUUGUAGGUGUGGACCAAACAGGCCAAAGGGUUUUGUUUAUGGCCAAUGAGGUGGAUCUGGAGGACGGUCUAUCAAUUAGAAAGUCCAUCUUGACCAGACAUCCAAGAAUGCUCAUCAAAACAGGCCUCAUGGACGCUCACCUUUACUGCAUGAAAAAAGCAGUGGUGGACUUUCUAACGGAAAACAAAUCUAUUUCAUCAGUCCGCGGUGAGCUUGUGCCAUAUCUGGUGCGCAAGCAGUUUUCCAAAGCAAUGAGUCGUCCAAAAUGUAAAGAUGACACUGAUGAGCAAAGCCAGAAGAAGAGUGACAACUCGACAAACAAUGAGCUUCUAAUUUCAUCACGCGACAACUCUCUCCUCCAAUUGGCUCUGGAGCGCUCCUGCUGGAAUGACCAUCAGGGGGACAUGAACGAGGCAUACCAUGGGGGUAAGCUUCGCUGCUACGUUCACAUCAUGGAACAGGGCCUCUGUUUCCGCGUCAAUACGCUUGCCGCCUACAUCGAGGCGAAUCGCCUGGUUCCCAAGCUUUUGUGCGAAGAGCCAGCAGUCCACCCAUCUGCUGUCAUUUCAGAAAGAUGUCAGAUGGGAUCCGACAGCAUGAUUGGGGCUCUUUGUCAAAUCGCGGAUAAGACUUCAAUAAAAAGGUCCACUAUCGGAAGCUCCACCAGCGUAAAGGAGAAGGUCAGAGUGACCAACUCAAUCAUCAUGCAUGGCGUUACCAUUGAAGAAGGGUGCAACAUUCAGGGCAGCGUGAUCUGUAGCAACGCUGUGAUUGGCCGUGGCUCGGACCUCAAAUACUGCCUGGUGGGAAGCGGUCAACGAAUUGAACCCGGAGCUGAGAGGAUCAAUGAGGUCAUUGUUGGCACAGACCAGCUGAUGGAGAUCUAAGUGGCCUCAACUGACCAUCACAACCUGGAUACUGGUGACACACUUUACAGUCCUUGUAGGUUGUGUUUCAAUAAAAACUGCAAUCCAAUCAAG